AUGAAUGUUGCGCACUGGGCCCUGAAGGGAUUCCCGAAACCCGACCCAGUGGUACCACCCACACUAACGAAGAUAGGAAACAUGGGAGACGAAGGAUGGGAUACUGUGGGCGAGUCAUGUAACGGUCGCUUGAACCUCCCUCCCACGCAUUCCGGUGCCGAUUGUGACUUGAGCAGAAGGAGGGGUAACGCGAGAAUGUCCUUUUUUGAGCAAGAGGCGGAGGGAGGAGGAUAUCACCCUGAAGUCGAGAGUCGUCACCCAUUCCUCAAGCGUGCGAAUGAACGCCCCGAAUACGAGGGCUUGUCAGUUAGGGUGGCGCAGAAGGAGAUGGGGGAUGGGGGUGAUCGCUGUAGUUCCGGGGGGGAUGCCAGUACCUCCUGGAACGACGGAUGGCGGGAGGUUUUGGAGAUUGGAGGAGGAGGCGAGUAUGUUAUUCGGCUCGUUGCUUGGGUGCGAAGUCGACAUGUUUACAGGCAAGCGAAGGACGAGGUUGAAGCAGAGGAAGGGUGGGAUCGAGAAUGGGGGAUGGAUGGGGAUGCGCUCGCUUGGCUGCUCCUCAAUUCGGCUCGUAUCAUUGGCGCUUGUUCCACGGAUAAAUCAAGGAACGAAUAUACGUGCAAGCGCAGUACCUGCCGAGGUGUCAGAGCUUAA